AGGAUGACUGUGGGAAUCUUUGCAAACUGCACCUUCUGUUUGAAAGUCAAGUACUUACCUCGGCAGCAGAGGAAAAAGCUGCAAACGAACAUUAAGGAACAUGGUGGAAAGUUUUCCUUCUUAUUAAAUCCUCAGUGCACACAUAUGAUCUUAGACAAUGCUGAUGUUCUGAGUCAGUAUCAACUGAGCUCUAUCCAAAAGAAACAUAUUCAUAUUGCAAACCCAGAUUUUAUAUGGGAGUCUAUCAAGGAAAGGAGGCUUUUGGAUGUGAAGAAUUAUGAUCCUAACAGGUCACUGGACAUAACGCCACCUCCCGAUCAAAAAGCAAGCGGUUCUGAAGUGAGAACAGAUGAUAUUUCCCUGGACGAUGCCAUAGAGAAGGAAAACAUGGUGGAACUCACUAAGUUUCAUACAGAGAAUGUUGAAAUUCCUCAGUUUCCUCAAGAUUUUGAAGUUGCAAAAUAUAACGCCUUGGAAAAAGUGGGGCUGGAGGGAGGCCAGGAAGCCGUGGUGGUAGAGCUUCAGUGCUCCCAAGACUCUGGCAACUGCCCUUUUCUGGUGUCUGCACACUUCCUCCUGGCUGACGGCGUGCAGACAAGAAGAGAGUUCUCAGUAAGGAAAAGUGCUGCAGAUGCAUGUGAAUACUAUGAAAAUUACCUUGAAGAGCUGAACAUGCAAGGAUUUCUACUAAGAGAACACUUCACGCCCGAAGCAACGCAACUGGCAUCUGAAAAAUUGCAAGCACUGCUUUUGGAGGAGGUCAUGCAUUCAAGCACUCUGAGCCAAGAGGUGAGCGAUUUGGUGGAGAUGAUUUGGGCAGAAGCCCUGGGCCACCUGGAGCACACACUUCUCAAGCCGGUGAACAGGAUUAGCCUCAAUGAUGUAAGCAAGGCCGAGGGCAUCCUCCUUCUCGUAAAGGCAGCACUGAAAAAUGGAGAAGCAGCAGAGCAAUUGCAGAAGAUGAUGACCGAGUUCUACAGAUUGAUACCUCACAAAGGUCUAGCACCUGAAGAAGUAGACCUGGGACUGUUAGCCAAGAAAGAGGACCUCUGCCAGCUAAUAAGAGACAUGGUUAAUGUCUGUGAAACGAAUUUGUCCAAACCCAACCUACCAUCUCUUGCCAAAUACCGAGCUUUGAGAUGCAAAAUUGAGCAUGUUGAGCAGAAUACUGAAGAAUUUCUCAGGGUUAGAAAAGAGAUAUUGCAGAAUAAUCACAGUGAAAGUCCAGUGGAUAUCUUGCAGAUAUUUAGAGUCGGCAGAGUGAAUGAAACCACAGAGUUUUUUAGCCAACUUGGCAAUGUGAGGCCCUUGCUGCACGGCUCUCUGGUUCGCAACAUUGUAGGAAUCCUGUGUCGGGGACUGCUUUUACCCAAAGUAGUUGAAGAUCGUGGCGUGCAAAGAACUGACAUUGGAAACCUUGGGAGUGGGAUUUAUUUCAGUGAUUCCCUCAGUACAAGUAUCAAGUACUCACACCCAGGAGAGACAGAUGGCACCAGACUCCUGGUCAUUUGUGACGUGGCCCUUGGAAAGUGUAUGGACUUGUACAAGAAGAACUUCUCCUUAACCAAAGCACCACCAGGCUACGACAGUGUGCAUGGAGUUUCAAAAACAGCCUCUGUCACCACAGACUUUGAGGAUGAUGAAUUUGUUGUCUAUAAAACCAAUCAGGUUAAAAUGAAAUAUAUUAUUAAAUUUUGCUUGCCUGAAGAUCAAAUUAAGGACUUCCAUCCUCGUGAUAAUACUGAAUUAGAGGAAUACAUCCUUGAGUUUUCACCUUUUUCAAAGGCUGAAGAUCACCAGUUACCAGAUGCCAAGCCUUCCAGCAACAUCCAGGCGGGCCUCCAGGACACCACUGGGAAUAUGGUUCCUCUUGAGGACGUCCACAUCAAGGGGAGAAUCAUGGACUUUGUGGCCCAGAUCAUUGUUUUUCAAACAUACACAAAUCAAAGUCAGGUGCCCAUUGAGGCAAAAUACAUCUUUCCCCUGGACGACAAGGCAGCCGUGUGUGGCUUUGAAGCCUUCAUCAAUGGGAAGCACAUCGUGGGCGAGAUCAAAGAGAAGGAAGAGGCCCACCGAGAAUAUCGAGAGGCCGUGAGCCAGGGCCACGGUGCCUACCUGAUGGACCAGGAUGCUGCGGAGGUUUUUACUGUAAGUGUUGGAAACUUACCGCCUAAGGCUAAGGUACUUAUCAAGAUCACCUACAUCACAGAGCUUAGCAUCCAGGGCCUGGCCGCCAUCUUCUUCCUGCCUGCCACUGUGGCGCCCUGGCAGCAGGACAGGGCUUUGGAUGAAAACCUCCAGGAUACAGUAAAGAAGAUUUAUAUAAGGGAAAUAGGAGUAAAGCAAAGCUUCUCUCUGACUAUGUCUAUCGAGAUGCCGUACGUGAUUGAAUUCAUUUCCAGCGACACACACGAGCUGAAACAGAAGCGCACAGACUGCAAGGCCGUGAUCAACACUGUGGAAGGUAGCACCUUAGACAGCAGUGGAUUCUCUCUCCGCAUCGAGCUGUCAGAUGCUUAUCUCCCGAGAAUGUGGGUGGAAAAACAUCCGGAAAAAGAAAGCGAGGCCUGCAUGCUUGUCUUCCAACCCAGCCUCGACACUGGCCUCUCCGAGCCUGCCAGCACGAACGAGGUGGUGAUUUGUCUCGACUGCUCCAACUCCAUGGAGGGUGUGACAUUCCUGCAAGCCAAGCAGAUUGCCUUGUACGCCCUGUCCCUGGUGGGUGAGAAGCAGAAAGUGAACAUCAUCCAGUUUGGCACAGGUUACACUGAACUGUUUCCGUAUCCUAAGGACAUUACAGACUGUGAUGCCCCUGCGGAGUUCAUCAUGUCAGCUGCACCAACCAUGGGGAACACAGACUUCUGGAAGACCCUACGAUACCUAAGCUUGCUGCAUCCUUCUCACGGGGCACGGAGCAUCCUCCUUGUGUCUGAUGGGCACCUCCAGAAUGAGGGCCUGACAGCACAGCUUGUGAAGAGGGGCCGUCCCCACACCAGGCUGUUUGCCUGUGGUGUCAGUUCCACAGCAAAUCGUCAUGUCUUAAGAACAUUGUCCAAGUGUGGUGCUGGAGUCUUUGAAUAUUUCAAUGCAAAAUCCAAACAUUGUUGGAAAAAACAGAUAGAAGACCAGAUGGCCAGGUUACGGGCUCCCAGCUGCCACUCUGUCUCUGUCAAAUGGCAGCAACUCAGCUCAGAUGUGCCCGAGCCCCUGCAGGCCCCUGCCCAGGUGCCUUCCUUGUUCCACAAUGACCGGCUCCUGGUCUACGGGUUCGUCCCUCACUGCACUCAGGCAACUCUGAGUGCACUGAUUCAAGAGAAAGAAUUCUGUACAAUGGUGUCAACUAGUGAACUUCAGAAGACAACUGGAACUAUGCUUCACAGGCUGACGGCACGCGCGCUCAUCAGAGACUACGAAGAUGGCAUUCUCCACGAGGAUGAAGCCCGUCACGAGAUGAAAAAACAAACCUUGAAGUCUCUGAUUAUUCAACUCAGUAAAGAAAACUCUCUCAUCACACAGUUUACAAGCUUCGUGGCAGUUGAGAAAAGGGAUGAUCAUGAGUUGCCAUUUCCCGAUAUUCCAAAUGUCUCUGAAUUUAUUGCCAAAGAAGACAUAGACCUCCUGCCCUACAUGAGCUGGCAGGGGGAGCCCCCAGACGCCGGCGCUGAGCAGCACCGCUGUGCUAAUAAUGACCCGCACCUGUGUUCUGCCCUGCACCGCAGUGCCUGGCUUCUUCACAUGCUGGAUCUUUGCAAGUCUGAUAGUCUUACCGGAUCCAAGGAUUACCUUCUCUCAAACAGAAAUGUCUGUGGAAAAGAAAAAGGAAGCAGCCUAAGCAGGAAGGACCUGAAGACGUGGAAGCGUCAGGCUCGAGGGGGCCCACUUUUCCCUGCCGCCCGCAGUUGGCCGCGGGGGAGCUCUCUCCGGCAGAAGCUGAGGCGGGAGGCGCUUCUCCACCGGGGGCCCCCGCCGGCCUUUCUCUUGGGGCCGUCUGUCCCCGGCCCCUCGCCGCUGCGCCCGGCCCCGGCCCCGCGUCGCCCUCUCUUCCCAGCUCAGCUCCUUGGACCUCUCUCCAAGACGCCGCUGCUUCCUCCCUUCAGCUCCACUCGCUUCCGAGCAGCGCAGGCCGGGCCUGCGACGAGGCCGGCCUUCCGGAGGCAGUUUUCCUCCCCGCCGCGCCUCCCCCGCCUUUCUCGGGCUUCCAUCUGCCGACCGGCCCCCAAGCAUGUCCCAGCGUUGGCUUUCCAGUGCCCCUUACCGCCACCCCUCUGGGGCCGAGCUCUGUUUGGCUCCCAGCCGUUGGCUCCACCUGCGGGUGCCCGUGCUGACCGCUCCCCUGACCCUGCCCAGCAGCCUAGUCUUUUCUCCUCUCCUCCUAGUGACCCUGGUCCCACCAAAGGCUUUGGGUUUGGUCACCCCUCUCUUGCCUCUUUUCAUUUUCAAAGUCACCCUGCCCCUCCGAGCACCUGUCACGAGCUGCCCAGGGCGUUACCUGUGCAAGAGUACCUGGGUUACCAGCCGCUCAGGGAGUCAGCAGGUCCAGGGCACCUGGGUUGCACCCUUGAUGUCUCAGCAAACAUUUUUGCCAGCGUUGUGCCAUCAGAGCCUCCCCAGAGAAGUCUCUGGACAGGCUCCAGUUCUGGAAGUGCUUCUGAGGCAGAGAGUGAUGACCUACCAAUGCUUCCAACAUGGAGGCAAAAACUACUGAAAGUCCAGUGCCCCGCAGGCUUUCAGGCACAAGAGGAUGAGGAUGAAGCCGUCUGCCAGCAAAGCCGGGAGGACACUGUGCCUUGGCCUGACCUCCUCCGUCUACAGACUAAGGAUGGUUUCUGGAAACUUACACCUGAACUGGGAUUCAUAUUAAACCUUAAUACCAAUGCUUUACAUACGUUUCUUGAGGAAAAAGGCAUUCGAUCUCUAGGGCUCAAAGGAAGAGAGCGUCUCCUGGACCUGAUUGCCACAUUGCUCGUGUUGCAGUUCUUUUGCACCAGGUUGGAACGAGAAGGAAUAGUCUUCAAAUCGCUAAUGAGAUUGGAUGACACCUCCAAUUCCAGGAACAUUCCCUGGGCUUUUGAGACAAUCAAGAAAGCCAGUGAAUGGGUAAGAAGAACUGAGGGGCAGUAUCCGUCUAUCUGCCCACGUCUUGAGCUGGGGAAAGACUGGAACUCUGCCACCCGGCAGCUGCUGGGACUCCAGCAACACUCGGCUUCACCUCUGCACGUCCUCAACUUCCAGUCGAGGCUUGAAUCAGAGGAACCUGAAUUUAAACUCUUCUCUUGCUUCUUCGUAGGAAGUAAUCAAAUGUUAACAGAUACCAACAAUGAAAUUUAAACAAGAUUUUAUUCAACAUAGCAGUCAGUCCUUUAAAUAAAGUAAAUGAAGCAGAAUUAUUUUAAUCAACUAACAAGCAAUAAUAAAAUGAAAAUUACAAGA